ACUUGUGGCRGCUUCAGUGGCUACCUGGGCUGGAGGAAGUGAACUGAACAGAAUCAACAAGAGGAGCGGAGGUUCAGGAACCAAACAAGGACUUCCAUUUUAUCACCGAGAAGGGAUAAAAAAAUAAAUAAAUAAAUUAAAAAGAAGCCAAAGAGAGCUGCGGAUUCAUUUGAGCGAAAGUAAACCCACCGAAGGGCUUCGGAUCACCCCGAGAUCACAUUCCAGCAGAGCAAAAUGAGUCUCUCACCCCGCACUAAGCUUGCAUGACGGACUGAGGGCUCUUUGGACUUCAGUGCACUUAUUCUCUGUCAGCAACUUUGACUAAAAGAAUCCAAAUCCUGAGGGGGGCGGAGGAAGAACGCUUUUCCUUAAAAGGAAUAACAGGAAAGCUUUAAGAUGGAGGAGGGAUACGAGCUCGACCUCACCUAUAUCACAGAGCGGAUAAUCGCCGUCUCCUUCCCUCGGGGCUGCUCUGAGGAGAUCUACUCGCUUAAUCUGAAGGAUGUCACACGAAUGCUCAAAUCCAAGCAUGCAGAUAAUUACCUGAUUAUUAACCUGUCAGAGAGAAGACAUGACCUCACCAGAAUGAACCCAAAGACUUUGGACACCGGUUGGCCAGACCUACAUGCUCCUCCGCUGGAUAAGAUCUGCACCAUCUGUAAGGCCAUGGAGAGUUGGCUCAAUGCUGACCCGUUACAUGUGGUCGUUAUACACUGCAGGGGUGGCAAGGGUCGAAUUGGUGUUGUCAUUUCCUCCUUUGUGCAUUUCACUGACGUGUCUGCCAGUGCUGAUCAAGCGUUGGACCGCUUUGCCAUGAGGAAAUACUACGAUGACAAGGUCUCAGCUCUGAUGACACCUUCACAGAAGCGGUAUGUUUGGAUCCUCAACAGUUUACUAAGUGGGUCCAUGAAGAUCAACGCCUCACCUUUGUUCCUGCACUGUGUCGUCCUCCAUGGGAUCCCAAACUUUGAGGCUGCCAGCAGAGUGUGUUGCCCAUACAUCAAAGUCUACCAAGGAAUGCAAGCAGUGUACUCCUCUGGAGUCUAUCACAUUGGUUCAAAUCACAGGGAUCGCGUGUGUAUCAAUCUGGAGCCUGCCCAGCUCCUGAAAGGGGACAUCAUGAUUAAAUGCUAUCACAAAAGUGAUGUAACGUCAGAACGCGAGGUGAUUUUCCGGCUGCAGUUCCACACGGGAGCAGUACAGGGUUACAACCUGAUAUUUGAAAAGGAGGACAUGGAGAAUGCCAACAAAGAUCCCAGAUUUCCAGAUUACGGCAAGGUUGAACUCAUCUUUUCUGAAGGACCAGAAAGAAUUCCAGGUGCUGACAGGUGGCAUAACGGACCCGAUGUUAUUGUGGAUUWCAACACAGCAGAUCCUCUGACUCGCUGGGACUCGUACAAGAACAUCUGUGAUGGUGAAGCGCCACGCUCUCAGGGCCUAAACCCGGACAAAGCAGCUAGCAAGAGGAGCGCUGUCUGUGGAGAAGCCACGCUGGGAAGAGGGACCCGCACAACCUCCACCACCUCCAGCCCUGACCAUAGUGACCACGCCCUGUCUGUGAGCAGCGACUCAGGCCUGUCCAGCACGUCUCUGUGGGCAGAAAGACAGACACCUGUCAUCACCACCACCACCACCACCACCACCAGCAGCAGCAGCACCACCACUGUGAGGGCUAACCAGGGACCCAGUCCACAGGAGAAGGUCCAGCUGAAGCAGCUCCUUAGCGGUUUUGGUCUCGAGGAUCCCUCCCUGGAUGAGAUGGAGGACCCAGGCCCGAAGUUGRGCUUGAAACAGACACUUCCAGUACAGUUGCACUUUAAUGGAGACACCCGACCCCGAGAGAGAGAGACGGAYAUCCUUGACGACGAAGUCAACACAGGUCAUGAUYUGCACAGUCUGGACAGCCUGGGAACUCUGUCAUCCUCGUGCCACAAGAGCAGCCAAAACUCCCUUCUUUCRGACGGGUUCGGGUGUCCUGGAUCAGAGGAUCAUCACAACCAGCACCACUUACAUCACACUGCACCUCAACAAACGGAUGAUUUUGAGAGAAGAAUCUUUUUGAGCUCCAGAAGCAACUCUGUGACUUCCUCUAACCCCAGCAGUGCUCCUACACCAAAGCAGCAUGUUUACAGACAGGAGAGCUACUCCACACAGUCCUGGGUUCGACAGCAGCAGAUGGUCGCUGCGCAGCAGUUUAACUACAUGCCUGAGGAUGGAAAUGAGACCGAAAGGUAUUCUGGGAUCAAAUCUGGGAGCGGUUCACCCAAAGAAAGUCUGGCCAGCCAGCCACAGAACCACAUCAGGGACACAAAAAUGGAAAGUGUCAAGAACACAGUACCUCACAAGGAACAGCCAACCACCAAUAAUAACAACAACAAUAACAAACAUGAUGACGAGAUUAAAUCCCUAACAAUGGAUAUUGAUAACUCCAUUGACCAGCUAAAUCAGYUGAUCAUGGACCUGGAUCCCAUGUUUGUGCCUAGAUUGGGCUUCAGCAAGUCCACCAAGAGGGGCGGCGGGACACAGUUCAACGGCUCAGUCAGCAAAAGUUCAAACAGCAUUGAUGUCAGAUUCAACGAUUGUAACACAGCAACUCUAAAAAACCCACCGCAGACAGUUGCCCAGUCCAAUGAUGUGCGAAGUGGCAUCACACAGAGUUUGAGUUGCCAAGGGAAGGAUGUAAUGGAUCAUCACUCAGACUUUUGUAACUCAGGCUGGGGUGACCCAGAGGAGUACAAGGGCCAGCAGACAUACCCCCCAUGUGUCUCUCAGUUUCAACAUCCCAUGUUGUACAGAAGUAACAGUACCGGUUAUAGAACCCAGGGCCUAGACAACACUGGUGGAAUUGAGACGGGACUUGGCAUGACUCCACCCACUCCUGCAUUCCCCAUCUCACCACCAACACCUUACGUAAAAACUAUGUCCGAGUUCAGUGAACUCAGGCAAAUUCCGUCUCCCAACAUGCAGUCGUUUGGAGGCUUCGGAACAAAUCAAGAACCCCAUGGACAUUCUGUGAUCAAUCAUGUGAGCUUCGAGACUUUGCCAGAUUCAUCCAUCAGCUGCCACAGGAUGCUAAAUUCAACAUACUCUACCUCCAUCACUGGAAAUCAUCAGCAGACAGACAGCUCAUCUGUAAGUCAGUCCUGGCCAGAGCAUCAUGCCCUGACCCACCACUCCUCCCUGAGUAACUACCCAUCUGUCCGACAGCCGCCACCGCCCUCGAUGUCUCUCGAAUAUGGCCAUCACUCUCCCUUACAUCCUCCGUUACACCACCCUCAUGCACAUCCCGUCCCCAACGCACACAGCUCUCCGCGAAGCAGCCAGCGAAGCCGUUUGGCUAGCUACACAAUCAGCCGYAGCCCCCAGCGCUUUGACGAGCAAGACAGCUCACUUCACGGCUACGGCAAAGACUGUCUUGACAUGGGUAUCGACAGGGAUCUUCUAACUUCAAUGGACGGUCAACAUCAGCUACAGUUUCCCCAGACACAGCCUCCUCUGCUUCCUGAAAAAAAGAGGGUGUCAGAUGGAGAGCAUUCACUGGGGACCGUAUCUCCAGCCCUCAGCGGGUUCUCGAGUCCCCAUAGUGGGAGCUCACUGAGUAUUCCUUUCCCUAACGUGCUGCCCGACUUGUCAGCUCAGACACCACUUGCUGCCUCACCUCUCCCAGAUGUGCUGGUCAGCAAGCAGGUGACGGUAAAGUUUGUUCAGGAUACAUCAAAAUUCUGGUACAAACCAGAUAUUUCAAGAGAUCAAGCUAUUUCAGUUUUGAAGGGGAAGGAGCCUGGCUGCUUCAUAGUGAGGGACAGCCACUCCUUCAAAGGGGCUUACGGCCUGGCUAUGAAGGUGUCUACACCUCCUCCCUCAGUCAUCCAGCAGAGCAGAAAAGGAGGUGAUCUAUCCAACGAAUUGGUGCGCCACUUCCUGAUUGAGUGCACACAGAAAGGCGUGCGUCUGAAGGGGUGCCCCAAUGAGCCCUACUUUGGAAGCUUAACUGCAUUGGUUUACCAACAUUCAAUCACUCCGUUGGCUCUUCCCUGUAAACUUAUUAUCCCUGACAAAGAUCCUCUUGAAGAUGUGGUGGAGAGCGUUUCACAUUCAGUCACUAACUCGGCUACCGAGCUGCUGAAACAGGGAGCAGCCUGUAAUGUGUGGUACCUGAGCUCUGUGGAGAUGGAGUCUCUAACAGGAGUCCAGGCAGUGCAGAAAGCCACGACCAUGACCCUGGACGCCAACCCUCCACCAGUCCCUACUGUGGUCCAUUUCAAAGUUUCYUCCCAGGGAAUCACUCUCACGGAUAACCAGAGGAAACUCUUUUUCAGGAGACAUUACAAUGUCAACACGGUGAUAUUUUGUGCCUUGGACCCUCAAGAUAGAAAGUGGAAGGAAGAUGGUUGUCCCUCAGCAAAAAUCUUUGGCUUUGUGGCAAGGAAAACUGGCACCUCCCUGGACAAUGUGUGCCACCUAUUUGCAGAACAUGACCCCGAACAGCCAGCGAGCGCCAUUGUGAACUUUGUCUCUAAAGUGAUGAUUGGCUCACAAAGGAGUAAGUAGGGCAGAGCAGGUCACCUGGAAAAAUGUUUACUGAGGCUAAACGCAGCAACCAAAAGACUGAGGAUACRGAGCACCUAAAGACAGGAACUGCUAAUGAAACAGACUUGAAACAGACUGUGGAUGUUAACUGGAUAUUUACUGAGUGUUGCUGAMAUACUCACUGAUUGUACUAUUAGUAGAAAAACAGUGAGAUGUAUAUAAAUAAAAGAAAAACAGUUAUCUGUUUAUUUCUAAUUGAAAUUUAAUCCAGCUCAAGACCCUUAAAGUAUUGCUGUUUCUAUACAUUUACAAUUCUACUGUCCUGUACUGUUAUAAAAUAUUAUUACAUAAUCAGCAUCUUACACAUUUCUGGACACAUGGUGAUUAGAAUGCCUAAAAAGCCUGAAAAGAAAUUAAGCUUUUAUUGCAUCAGCAUAAUCUAAGACUGAUAAUUUUCUAAAGAUUUCUUUUUUUUUUUAUCCCCAACUACAUUUAUUUAACCUAGAGAAAAAAAAAUCCAUGUUAAGAAACAAGAGGGUUUUUUGUUAGUUUUUCAGCUUCCUUGAAAAUUUAACUUAAGGACUCGUUUACUCUUUACUGUUGAUCAGAGUGUUAAGAAUCUCUAGUUAGCUAUCUAGAAUUUUCUGUUCUCUUGUGGGACAAAUAUCGCUUGACAUAGAGGGUCAUUUUUCUCAGCAACUUUGCAUAAUGAGAGAACAUGCCUUUUGAGGGUGCAGCUGAAUGACAACAUAAAGAUGUGGUGGGAGCAAUGUGCUUUUUAAUAUUUUUUUUUUUAUUACAAAUUAAUUCCAAACUGACUUAAUCCAAGCAAAUAACAAACAUUAGGUGACGUACAAGCAUCUUUUUUUUUUUUUUUUACCAUAUCUGAGUAUCUCAGUUUGAACUUUGAAUAUCUGAAAAACAGAGUAACAAAAGGGGAAAACGUGUAUGUUUGGAACUAGCUAUGUUUAUUUUGUAUUGUUAUAUUUUACCUAUGCAAUGUGUAUUUCUUGUUUUUUUGAGUAUGGUACGCAUGAGUUGUAUUUGAGUGUCUUUUUUUUUAAGUGUUAAGGUCUUUUUUUGUCAUAAGAUAUAUUAGAACAUGACCACUUGGAUUUUUUUUUCUUUUUUUGAGGGAUUUUAUGUGUUUUUGUAUUAAAUUUAUAGGCAAUGUACAAUGCUGUUUCAUCUAAACCCUAAAAAAUAAUAUAUAUAUAUAUAUAUGUAACUGUAUAUAUACAUGCAAAAACUGGUUAAAAAACAAUAUUGCUAUUUUAUAGAAGAGGAUUGAUGCCUAUCAAAACCAGCUACCAAGAUUUCCAGCUUUAGUUUUUUUAUUAGUUGCUGGAAUACUAUAGUCAAAAACAGUCUCGUAGUUUAGUUGAAGUCUUUCUGACUUAAAAAGGAAACAGGCUGCUGAAUUUGGGGGCAAGAAGAGGAGUAGAGGAGACUUUAACCUUUUAAAACUAAAAUGAAUUAAAUAUAUAGCUCAGUGUUGGAAGUGUUAGUUACCAUUAGUCAUCUGUCAAUGACAUAUACAAUACACCUGUGUUUGGGGGGCUAAAAUAACUUUUAACUAUUCAAGCCUAUUGUAUUUGAGAUAGUGGCUGUUUUCAUAUAACUUUUUUUUUUUUUUGCUUUGGAUAAUCAUUGGAAUCCAGAGAGGGACCCACAGUCACAGCAAAAUUGUUGGUACUGCUGCAUGGAUUUYCAUUGAAACCUGAUACUUUCCUGCACUGCAUAAGAAGCUGUUUUUCUCACUGUCUAACAUUAAAUCAAGCUAAUGUUUUCUUGUGUUAGGUCAGUAUGGACAAGUCCGUUAUUUCUAUUUGUUUAAUGCCAGAAUAUUACUUUUUUUUUCUUUUAAGAUAAGAUUUUAUUACUUUCUUCAGAUCCAUAUGUUUAAAUACUUCAAGACUACCAUGUUUAUAAACUAUUUGGGAAAGCCCAGAUGAUGACAAUGUCACAGCUUUGUAAGUUUCUUAUAAGUCAAUGUACAACAUUUGUAUAGAGGCCUAAAGGUGAYAUUUUUAGUUCUUCAAAUAGGUGAGUGCUAAAACCAUGGGAGACAUAUACGACAAUAUGUGUCAAAAUAGGAAUGUUUGUAAUAUUUACCAUUGUUGCAUUUAUAAGGUAGAAGUGAGAAUUUUGCAUGGCCUCAUGUGCCAUUAACGGCUGAUAAGUAGGGAGGUGGCAGCAUCAUGCUCUGUGGCUGUUAUGCUGCUGGAAGGCCUUGUGGUCUUCGCAAGAUUGAAGGCAUCAUGGAAGAAUGUAUUGUGGAAAUAUUGAAGCAACGUCUCAGGACAUCCACAGGGAAGUUAAAGUUUGAGCACAAAUUGAUCUUCCGAAUGGACAACGAGCCAAMGUAUUUUGUCAAAUUAGAUAAGGGCAUAGAGGUACUUGAAAUCAAGCUAAACAUUUUAAAGGACACUGUUACUAAACCCUGUGAAAUUCUACGUAAGCGUCUGAAUUUGAGGAAAGUAUUUUAUUUCUCAAUAUAUUCUAGCAUUUGGCAAACCGAAAUAAACUGGGAAAUGACUGGACUCGCAUAAUGUCAGCAAGAAAAAAAAAAUUAUGGUAGUCAUUUUUAUACAGCAUAUGUACAUAUUUGGUUUUAAGUGAGACUUUUGAGAUUCAGAUCAAAAGUAUUAUAGUAUGAACUUAAGAUCAAAUGUUUACAUAUAUGUAACUCUAUAUACAUGUACCUCAUGCUUAUUUUAUACCUGUGCAUUUAAUGUGUUACAUGUGUACAUCUUCUUUUUUGUAUUGACGUCAUGUCCUUUGAUGUGUUAUGUAAAUAAACACUGCAUUCUUUUCCUGUUUUAA